AUGGAAGAGGUUCUUAGGUCCAGGAUCGAAGGCGCAUUUGCGAAUGAGGCGGUAUUGGAUAGAGUGAGUGAAAGGGUGAGGGACGUUGCCUUCGAAGAGGAAAUAGUACAAGACAUGGGAAUGGAAGAUGAUGAGGUUGAGGUAGGUGGAGGAGAGCAAAGUGUUGAGAAUGGAAUGGAUGCGGCUGAAGUUGUGACAAUAACGGCUGAUGAUUUUUUGCGAAUGGAGUUCAACAAUCCUAAGGAAGCUGCUCAUAUAUAUGAAGAGUACAGCCGAGUGAAGGGUUUUGCUGUUCGACAAGGUUUUCGGGACAAGAAAUGGUUAGAAAAGCAGGAUCGCAAAAGAGAGCACAAGGUUGUCACCCGUUGUGGGUGUCCUGCCGAGAUGCGGAUAAAGCCAAGGAUUGGUACGGGAAAGUGGUUUGGGGCACGUUUUGUGGAUGAGCAUAACCAUGAUCUUUUGCCUCAAAAGUUUGUGGAGUACUUGACUGCACACAGGAGGAUUUCGGAUGUUGACAUAGCGCACAUGGAUAGCCUGCGGCAAGUGGGAAUUUCAAUCCCGAAAAUAUACGAGUCAAUAGCAGCACAAGCUGAGGGUUUCAACUGCAAUGGUGUUGUCAAUGCAGCACUAAGGUUGUUGGAGGUAGCUUCUAGGAGAGAUGAGAAGAUGUAUUGGAGGUACAAGGUAGGGGUUGGUCAACACAUGUGUGACUUAUUCUGGAGUGACGGUUGUAGUCAGGAGGAUUUCAAAUUAUUCGGUGAUGUUCUUGCCUUUGAUGCUACCUAUGGACGAAACAAAUACAAUCUUCCAGUCGUUGUUUUCUCUGAAGUUAACAAUCACAACCAGACAUGUGUUUUUGCAACCGCAAUGGUAUCAAGUGAAACACAAUCUUCGUAUGUAUCGGUUCUAAGAAAGUUUCUUGAAUGUAUGGAUGGCAGAGCUCCGAAGGCCAUAAUAACUGACGGGGAUAGAUCAAUGCGAGUAGCUAUCCAGGAGGUCUUUCCCGAUGCUCAUCAUAGGCUUUGCGCAUGGCACCUACUGAAAAAUGCUACUUCCAAUGUAUGUAUGCCGAGGUUCACAUCCUUGUUUAGGCACUGCAUGCUAGCAGACAUAGAGGUGGAGGAGUUUGAGUUGCAGUGGGAAGCAAUGCUUACAUACGUGGAAGGUUAUUUGCUGGCAUUAGGACGACUUCCCGAUGCGAAUCAUUGCAUGCGAAGCUUGGGUGGUUUGUGGAGAGCAGACAACAAAGAUGAGCUCGAGUUUCGAUCAUCAUAUGGGACCCCUGUAAUCCAGACAGAGUUUCCCGAGCUCGAAAAGUCCGGUGCAAUAAAUUUCACACGUGAGAUUUUUGCAAGAUACCGGGAGUCAUUGAAGAGGUGUGUGCGUGUUACAGUGUUAGGGUGCAUAAAAUCGGAAGGCACAUGCACAUACGUGACUCAGAAAUAUAGGAGGCCAGAGAGGAGGUGGAACGUGACUCACCAUGGAAUGCCCGACACUUUUGUAUGCACUUGCUUAAGGAUGGAAUCUUUCGGACUUCCUUGCGUCCACAUACUUGCAGUGCUUGUCCGAUUAGACAUUGGGUCCCUCUCGAAGAGCCUGGUGCUGCAACGAUGGUCGAAGGCAGCCAAGGUUGAAAUGUCUGGGGUUAAUCAAGUCGACGACACGGAGGCACUUUAUCGUAACCCUGUUGGUACUUUCUUGCAACAUUGCAAAAGGUUCGCUCGGGUUGCUUGUCAGAGUGAAGAGAACUUCAAGGUGUACACAGAGAAAGUGGUGGAGGACACACUGAGGCUAGAAAUGAUGAACGGGGAUGCUGGUGAUGGUGCAGGGAGUCAUCAUGCGGCGCAGGGGGUUAGAGACCCAAUUGGUGUUCGCACAAAGGGGACCGGGCGAGCUAAUGAGCCGGUUGGAUCAAGGGCUGUCAAGCGGAGGAAGUGCAGCACAUGCGGUUGCCUGGGACAUAGACGUACUCGAUGUCCCAAUGGGCCACGAGUAACAACUUCAUAUACAGAGCAGAACACCGUGCCAAGUCAGCAUAUGCCUAAUAGAGACCCAACGGUGUCAUAUGCUGGCAAUGAAAGCAACAAGCGUCGAAGGAGUGUAGGCUAA